GAUACAGAACUGCUUUAGGAUCAAGAAAGAGUUCUUACAUGCAUCAUCAACAACUCCGACUCCAAAAAUAAAGGAGAGUGGGCCAAAAGAGGAUUUGCAAAACACUGGCAGUGAAAGGCAAUACUAACUUGUGAUUAUUGGUGGAGUUUGUGGUGGGGCAGCUGCAACAGUUAGGACUAUAUAUAUAUUGAAAUCUUUAUCUUUGAGCAGCCAGCCAGAGAAUGCCUAAUGCAAAGCAAAAGAAUAAAAGGUUGAUGUCCCAACCACCAAUAGAAUCUAAUUCCGAAACAAAUCAACCAAGUCUAGCAAAUGAUGUCCAAAACUCUAGCCAACCAUCAAAUACUUUCCCACAGUCCAGUCGAAAUAGUGAUUCGGAGCGCACUAUAUCAGCAUCACCAAAUAAUGUUCCAUCACCUCCAACUUCACCAAGCAGCAGGCCCACAGUACUCCCCAUUGGGAACAAAUCGUUUGAGCCAUGGGGUGCAAAUAGAGAUGUUAUCGAAUGUGUUACUAGAAUAUUCCCUGAUGCUGUGAAAUCAUACAAUGACGCUCCUAGACAUAUGAAGGACGUCUGGUUUAAUGAAUUCAGGAAAUUGUAUAAGUGGAAUCCUGAAGAUGAGGCAAAUAUUCAGAAUUUAUUUCACAAAAAGGCUGCAAGAAGACUAUCAGACACGUUGUCGCAAGUUCGCAAAAAGUUGGCAAAAGGUGAUGCACAACCAAAUUGGAUGACUGAUCAGGUUUUGGCUCAAUACCGCAGCAUUUGGAAUACGGAGAAAUUUAAAAAGACUGUUGAGAAGAAUAAAAGAAAUAGAAAUUCAGAUUGUGGGGGAUUAGGACCGUCACUUCACACUGGAGGUUCAAUCCCUAUUACUGAGCAUAGGAGAAGAUUGAAAGAAAAACUUGGAGAAGAGCCCUCGCAUGCAGUGUUAUUCCAAGCAACACACAAAAGUAAGAAAACAAAAGAGUUUAUAUGCAAAAAGGCUCAACAAGUAAUGGAGGUUGCAACUAAAAAACGACAAACUCAACCUAAGCUUGGAGACUCAAAUGCAUGGUACGAGGCAGCUGGUGGCCUCAAGAAAGGAGGGUAUGUUUUUGGAUUCGGAUCAGAUACUCCACACUAUUUCCCUAAUGUUGUGAGACAAAAGAAUUUAAAAUCCGGACAAUCAUCUUCACAUGUAGUUUGUGACGAAAAAAUUGACAAAUUAAACGGCGAAAUAGAGUGGCUGAAAUAUGAAAUUAUGGCGAUUCGUGCUGCAAAUCAACAAUCUUCCCAAUGUACUAAUCCAACCGGUAGCCAUGAAAGUAGUGGUGUUGGCUUAGAUGAUCUUGAAAUCAAUGAUGGCACAGAAUCACCUAUGCAAGAGUAAUAGAUCCAAGCUAGAUUCUACCUUUUUUGUGAUGUAGGAAGUAUUUUGUAUAGUAGCAUCUUAGAAUUGCAAGUUAGUUUUUUGAAAGUGGCAUGAAUAUUACAAUUGCAAUGUGUAACUAA